AUGAAUAUGAGCGGCCUCUCCAGCAAUUGGAAGAAGCUACAGGCGACACUGAAGAAGGAUAGCCAAUCUACCACUACAGGCACAAAACGCAAAGCCUCAGACCGUGAUUCGGGGUCUGGUCCUGUCAAGAAGCACAAGUUUACCGACAAAAAACAGACAGACCGGGCGCCGAGUGCCUAUAGACUACAGAGGAUGGGCGACGCAUCUAAAAGCGCAGAUGGUGGGGACUCAGUUCCUUCUCUACGCAGAAAAUCUAGUGCUGGUUUCUCCGCGCAGCCUGCGGCUGAUGCUCGGAGUACCAAGGUGAAUGAGGGCCGUUCAAAAACGGCCGAGCUCGGAAAAUUCAUCGCCAUGGAUUGCGAGAUGGUUGGCGUAGGCCCCAACCCCGACCACGACUCCGUCCUUGCGCGCGUCAGUAUCGUCAAUUUCAAUGGCGAGCAAAUUUAUGAUUCAUAUGUACGACCUAAAGAGAUGGUUACCGAUUGGCGAACUCAUGUCAGUGGCAUUGCCCCGAAACACAUGGUGGAGGCACGGAAUCUAGAAGCAGUACAGAAGGAAGUUGCCGAGAUCAUGGAUGGUCGGAUCCUAGUCGGCCAUGCCGUGAGCAACGACCUAGACGCUUUGCUGCUUGGUCACCCCAAGCGCGAUAUUCGAGACACUAGCAAGCACCUCGAGUACCGGAAGAUUGCUGGUGGUGGUUCCCCGCGACUGAAGGUACUGGCGGAGCAUUAUCUUGGACUGAAAAUUCAGGAAGGUGCGCACUCUUCGGUAGAAGAUGCCCGGGCGACUAUGGCAUUGUACCGACGAGAGAAGGAGUCCUUUGAACGGGAACAUCUGAAGAAGUGGCCCGUUAGGACUCCUGUGGAAGGGAAGGAUAAGGGAGACAAGAAGAAGAAAAAGAAGAAGACCACUCGCAAGCGGUAA